AUGUUGGCUGGAGGCAAAGAGAAGGGUGAGAAGGGCAAAGGAAAAGGAGACAAAGGAAAAGACAAAGGCAAAGGCAAAGAGAAGGGCAAAGGCAAGGAGAAGGGCAAGGACAACAUGACAGCUGCUGAGCGGUUGGCUUUUGCACAAGGAGCCCUUUCAGCUGAUGGCCCUCCGGCCAAAAAGCCACGCCUUGAUGGUGAGCCUGGUGCUGAUGAUGAAGAAGAAGAGCUUCCAGAAUUUGAUUUUGAGAAGGACUGGAAAGACAAGCCUGUGGCUCUCCUCAAUCUGAAGGGAGCAAAAGAACUGAAUGGGCUCAUGGCAACUGUCAAAGAGUAUAAUGAGGACACAAAGCGUUUCCUUGUGACUGUGGAGGGUGGCAAGGGGGAUAAGAGCAUCAAGAUGGAGAACCUCUUCAAGGUCAUGACUGGUUGCAUCGUGAAGUUGCGCGGACUUGACUCGAUCGAGUUGAAUGACUGCAUUGGAGAGUGCGGUCGACUGGAUGUGGAGAACCUGAGAUACGACAUCACCUUGUCAGACGGACGACAUGUGAAAGCCAAGCCAGCCAAUGUGGAGCUGGUGGCAAAGUACGAGUCUUCCAAGGUGGCUGGCGACGUGGUGCAGAUGGAGCGGAUCCGCGCCGCCAAUGGGCUGCGAGAUCGCUUAUUUGCAGUGGAAGAAUUUGAUUUUCCCGCCCCACUGGUUUUGCCAGCCAAUGCUUUGGAGGACUAUGCAAAAAAGUUCCCCAAAUCUGUUGUGAUUGGACGCUCCAAUGCUGCCAAUCCAAAGGGUGCACAGGUUCUACAAAGAGAGGUGGUGAGUGCAACAAAGAUCCCACCGGGCUCUCGCUUGGUCUUCAUCUCCAUGCCACGAGACAGGUGCGUAGCACCGCAACUGGCUGAGAUGAGACACGAUGAACUUCUGAGACUAGGCAAGUUUGGAGGUUGGCUUGUGAAGCGUUUGGCUCCAAGACCUGUCUAUUUCCUCUUGCCUGGCACCAUCGCGAAGGGCCCUGCUACAGCACUGAAUUCUGCCACCUGUGCAUGGCCGCUGUAUGUGGAGCUCUGUAGUGACAUGGUACUCCUGGAGUCCGAUAGAUGGCAGAAGUCCUCCUGGGCACGUAUGGAUGCGCUAAUGGCUGUAUGGGCAAAGACUCCCAUGUACGUCCUGCCGGAGAAGUACUCGCCGGCAGUGGCGUUGCCAGAUGCAUCUCCUGUGCCAAAAACAGCUGAGGAAGAUGACGCGAAAGCCAGUGCUGCCAGCGAACCGCUGAGCUUUGCCCAUGAGGAGCCCCUGACCAUUGGCAGACCAGCGGAGGGUUUGUCGAACCCUUCGCCUUUGCUAUUGGGCUUGGCGGAGAGGGCAGCUGAGGCAGAAGCUCAAGGCAGCGGGAAAGUGCAGAAACCAACUCUGGCUGUGAAGCGUUUGGUUUGA